AUGUCUGCCGCCGCCAAGCCCGCCGCCAAGAAGGCCGCCACCAAGAAGGCCGCUACCUCCAGCGUCUCCUACGAGGCCAUGAUCAAGGAGGCCAUCCUUGCCCACCCCGCUGAUGCCCGUGCUGGUAUCGGCCGUGCCACCAUCAAGAAGUACAUCCAGUCUCACCACCCCGAGACCGCCAAGGGCUCCGAGGCCAGCUUCAACACCCGCGUCAACCAGGCCAUCACCCGCGGUGCCGAGAAGAAGACCUUCGUCCUCCCCAAGGGCCCCUCGGGCAAGGUCAAGCUCGCUCCCAAGGCCAAGGUCGAGAAGAAGCCCGCCGCCGCCAAGAAGCCUGCUGCCAAGAAGGUCGCCGCCAAGAAGCCUGCUGCUAAGAAGCCCGCUGCCAAGAAGACCGCUGCCAAGAAGCCCGCCGCCAAGAAGGUUGCUUCGUCAACGGCCACCAAGGCUAAGAAGCCUGCUGCCAAGAAGGAGCGAGACUGGUUUUCGCCUGGCACGCCAAUCCGUUUCUACCGCAUGCUCAGUCAAGCAUCGUUCUCACAACCACGUCUUGACAUCUCCUCUUGUAUAUGCGAGUCGACGUUAGCUGAUGAGAUACGAACAAUGAGAAUCGGGGAGUGA